UUAUCGUCUGUUUUGAUGUGAUGUUUUUAGCAGUUUUGAUUCGCAUGUAAAUAAUGCUAAAAUAAAAAAAAUAAAAAAAAUAAACUUUAGACAUUUAAUUUAAAUACAUCAAAAUGCUGACUGCCAACAAUAAAUCAAGAAUGAAGCACGUAGCAUUAACAUUACAACAAAAAGUGGAUUUAAUCAAAUUAGUGGAGAUUGGCGUACCUAAAAUUAAGAUUGCUCGCCAGUUUAAUAUUGGAGAAUCAACUGUACGUCGUAUGGUGAAGAAAAGAAAAGAAAUUUUUGAAUGUUCUAACUUAUGCUCAAGAAAUAUCAAGGAAAGCAAAACACCUGAAGUCGAUGAAAAGGUGUGGUCAUGGUACAAACAAAUGGAAGGUGAAGGCAAAGGUCCAGUCAGUGAUGUGGCCAUUAUGAAAAAAGCUAGAAAAUUGCAUAAAGAAUUAAAACUAAAGAAGUCUUGCAAUUAUUCAAUGGUGUGGUUGCAAUGUUUUAAGUGGCGUUACGGAAUUGACGAUAAAAGUGACAAUGCGGUAACCUACAAUGCACAGACUUUUAACGAAUUUCUGGAAAAAUUAAGAAGUCAACACUUAAAUAAUGCUGAAGAGACAUAUACUAAGGAAAUUUCGGAAGUGAUUUCUAAAUAUGAGGCCAAAGAACGAGCAAAUAGAUUGAUGGCAAAAGUAAGGAAGUGCAAGUCGGGCAAGAAAGAGACAAAUGAAGGUGCAGGUGAUGAGAACAGAAUGAAGAGAAAACAUGUGUCGCUUACUCUUAAAGAAAAAGUGGACAUAAUUAAAUUAUUGAAAAAUGGUGUAGGCAAAAAUAGGAUUAGAUUGCUGUUUAAUAUUGGAGAAACGACUCUACGACGUAUAAUAAGAAAUAAAGCAGCUAUAUGUGAUUAUGAUGAUAAAUAUAAUAAUUCUGAGCAUUCGUUAAAAUAUAUUAGAUAUAAAAAUGCUCCAAUUGAUAAAAAAGUUUGGUCUUGGUAUAAACAAAUGAAUGAUGAAGGCAAAGGUCCAAUCAGUGAUGUAACUAUCAUAAGGAAAGCUAAAGAAUUGCAUAAAAAAUUGAAACUGAAGAAAGAGUGUAUUUAUUCUAUGAGAUGGUUGCAGCAUUUCAAGUGGCGUUAUGGAAUUGUGAACAUUAGAAAAGAUGAUAAUGUAAUUACAUAUGAUGCACAAACUUUCAAUAAAUUACUUGAAGAAUUUAAAAUCGAAAAUAAAUUAAAAGAAAAAGAAACUAACACAAAUACUGCAAAAAAAUGUAAGGAAAUAUUUGAAAAUAAUAUAGCAAAUAAACAAGCAAUUGUGUUAAUAAAAAAAGUGACAAAAAAUGAUUUGGUGGAGAAGUAUAUUGAUGACAAUAGUGCAGAAAAAUGUAGCAAUAUGACAGAUGAACAGAUAAGUAAUAAUGUUAUGGAAGAAUGCAAAAAUACAACAGAAAUAGAAGUACAGGAUGACAAUAUAGAUGAUGAUAACACAAGAGAACAGAUAAAUGAUAAUGUGGAAAGAUGUAGAAAUACAACAAAGAGACAGAUAAACAAUAAUAUAUACACUAGGCUGAGGAAGAAGUAUUUGGAAAAAUUAAAUAUUCGUCAAAAAGUGAAUAUAGUUAAACUGGUGGAAAGUGGUAUAGCCAUAAAUAAAGUUGCUCGUCAUUUUAACAUUAGAGAAUCAAUUGUAUCUCAUAUUAUAAAACAUAAAGACAAAAUUUUAGACUUUUAUGCUAAUAAAUUUCAUAAUUUUGGAUACUUACAAAAAACUAUUAAACAGAAGAGAGUUCCAGAAGUUGAUGAAAAAGUUUGGUCAUGGUACAAAGAAAUGAAAGCUAAAAGUGAGAAUCCAAUAGAAGAUGCAGCCAUCAUAAGGAAAGCAAAAGAAUUCCAUAAGAAAAUGAAAAUAAAUAAAAUCUGUCUGUAUUCAAUGGGCUGGUUAAAUCAUUUUAAAUGGUAUUAUGACAUUAAGAAAUUUAAGAUGCAAAAUGAACACAUUAAAGUUGCAAAUGAUAUGCAAAUAUUUGAUGAAAUAUGUGAAAAAGUUACAACAGUUAAUACAUUAAGAGAUAAACAAUCAAGUAAUGGGGAAGAGAAGAAUAUAGGCAUUACAAAAGAACCAGAAGAAAAAGUUGAUUCCAAGAUAACUGAGAAAGAUAAUUCAUUAGCAGCAGAAUUAAAAGAAGGCACAUCAGUAGAUGAACAGAUUAAUGGUAUGGAUGAUGAUAAGAUCAGCAUACAGGAACAGGAAAAUGAUGAUAAUCCAAUAGAUAAGGAUACAAUAGAAGAGCAGACAAGCUGUAAUAUUACAGAAGAACAGGUAAACAAUGAUAUUUCAGAUGAUGAUACAAACAUAGUAGAGAAAAAGAUAAAUGAUGACAUCAGAAUACAGGAACAGAUAAAUGACAAAAUUAUAAAUGAUGAUAAUGAUAUUCAAGUAGAACAAACAAAUGAUGAUAGAUAUAUAGCAAAGGGAAAGCGUGUAUCUUUAACCCUUCAACAAAAAUUGGAAUUAAUUAAAUUGGUAGAAAGUGGUAUACCAAAAAGUAAAAUUGCUCGUCAUUUUUGCAUUGGAGAAACAACUCUACGUCGCAUAGUAAGAAAUAAGGCUAGAAUUUUUGACUUCAAUGCUAAUAAGUGUAAUUUAAUGCAUUUGAGAAAAAAUAUUAAAGUAAGUAGAGUUCCAACAGUUGAUGAAAAAGUUUGGUCUUGGUACAAAAAAAUGAAAGCAAAAGGUCCAGUCAUGGGUAAAACUAUAAUUAAAAAGGCAAAAGAACUACAUAAGAAAAUGAAAAUAAAAGAAGCAUGUUCAUACUCUGAAGGAUGGUUGAAGCGUUUUAAGUGGCGUCAUGGCAUUAAUGUUAAAAAUAGAAAUACAACUACUGCAGAUAAUAGAAAGACAUUUAAUAAAAUAUUUGGAAAACUUAAAACCAAAAGUAAAGUAAAAACCAAAGUAAAAAAUAUAAAGGAAAAAAAUGCAGAUUUGGCAAGAAACUGUGAAGAGACAUCUGAGUAUGAUGUUGGAGGAAGAGAAACAGAGGAACAUCUUAGAUAUAGUAUGAAAGGUAGGAAUAAAACUAAGAAGUAUAUGACAUUAAACUUUCAACAAAAAAUGGAUAUAAUUAAAUUAGUAGAAAAUGGCAUAUCCAAAAAUAUGAUUGCACACCAUUUUAACAUUGGAGAAACAACUGUACGUCGCAUAUUAAGAAAUAAAGCUGUGAUUCUUGAACAUAAUACUAAUGAUUUGUGUUCAAGAAAAAGGAUUAGUCAUAACAAAGUUGAUAUGCUUUCUGAAGUUGAUGAGAAACUUUGGUCUUGGUACAAACAAAUGGAAGCUAAAGGUAAAGGUCCAGUCAGUAAUACUUCCAUCAUAAGAAAAGCUAAAGAAUUACAUAAAAAAUUGGAAAUAAAGAAAGAAUUUAUUUAUUCGACAGCAUGGUUGCAAUCUUUCAAGCUGUACUAUGGAAUUAUUAAGAACAGUAGCAAAAAAGAUGGAGUUGUGCAGGAUACAGAAAAAUUUAAUAAAUUACUUGCAAAAUUAAAACGUAAACAAAUAAAUAAUGCAGAAGACAAAAAUGCAUAUAUUACAGAAAAAUUAGAAGUAACUUCUGAAUGUGAGGAAAAAGAAACAGAAAAUAGAUUAAUAGCAAAAGUAACAAAAAAUAAAUCAAAUGAGAAAGAGAAAAAUCAUGAUAUAGAAGGUAGUGAGAACAGAACAAAGAGGAAGCAUAUCUCACUGACCCUUCAACAAAAAAUGGAUAUAAUUAAAUUAUUGAAAAGUGGUAUGGAUAAAAAUAGGAUUAGACUGCUGUUUAAUAUUGGAGAAACAACUCUACGUCGUCUAAUAAGAAAUAAAGCAAUAAUUUCUGAUUAUUUUAAUAAAUAUGACUCUCCACAUUCACAAAAAUAUAUUUUAUGUGAUAGAGUUCCAACAGUUAAUGAAAAAGUUUGGACUUGGUACAAAAAAUUGGAAGCUGAAGGUAAGACAUCAAUUGAUGAUACAACUAUUAAAAGAAAAGCAAAAGAAUUUCAUCGGAGAAUGAAAAUAAAGAAAGCAUGUUCAUAUUCUGAUGUUUGGUUGAGGCAUUUCAAAAAGAAUUACAUUAAUAAUGAAAAUAAGAACACUAUAAUUGUAAAUGAUAGGCAUCCACAUGGUGAACGUUUUCAAAAAUAUAAAACAGGAAAUAAAUUAAAAACAAAACGUAUUAAAGAUUUUGAAAAAUUGUUUGAAUACAAAGUAAGGGAGAGAGAGAGCAAGAAUGCAUCAAUGGUAGACACAACUGAAAAUGAAUUAACAGAGGAAGAGCUAGAUGAUGACAUAGAAGAAAAUACACAAAAGUUUAAAGGAACAUUUGAACAGCUUGUGGCUAAAAAUAAAUUAACAGCAGAACAAAUAUACAGUGCAUAUGAUAGUAGUUUGUUCUGGAAAGUAUUACCCACAGCAACUUUAAGUUGCAAAAACAAAAUGUCUAUUUUUACAGGAAAUGAACAAAGUACAGAAUGGAUAACAGUAUUAUGCUGUGUUAAUGCUGCUGGUACACAUAAAUGCAAUUUGUUGAUAGUUGCCAAUAGCAAAUUACUUCAUCAAAGGCCUUUUAAAGGUAUCAAGUAUCUUCCGAUUCUCUUCAGAGCUCAAGGAAGUGCUUGUAUGAAUAAAUGUACAUUUAAGGAUUGGUUUCAUGAUCAUUUUGUUCUAGAAGUUAGGCAUCACUUUAGACAAAUUGGUCUACCACAAAACAGUAAAGCACUUUUACUGAUAAAUAAUAGUCCAGCUUAUACAAAUAGUGAUGAACUACAAAAUGGAAAUAUUUUUACAAUCUGUCUACCUUGUAAUGUUAGCUCUUUAAUUUUACCUGUAAAUAAUGGAAUAAUCCAAAACUUUAAACAUCAGUAUAGAACAGUUUAUUUAGAAAGUCUUUGUAAGUAUGACGGUUAUCUUAAUGACUUCUUUGAAAAUUAUACAAUAAAGACCGCUGUGUGGAAAGCCUCCGAAGCUUGGAAUAAUGUAAAGAAGUCAGAUUUAAAGCAAGCCUGGAAACUACUUUGGCCUACCUUUGUAAUAUUUGAUUCCGAUGACGACAAUGAAAAUUUCUUAGGUUUCCCUUCUGAAGUUGACAAGGAAGAGAAAUUAAAAUUGGAAUUACAGAAUUAUAUUGGUAGUACAAAAUCUUUAGAAGUUAAAAAACUGUUGAAGUCUUACUUGUCUAAGGACAAAUUUGAUAAAUGGUUCAUGAAUGAUAAAGUUGUUACUACUGUAGAAGAGAGAAGAGAAGCAACAAAGGUUAAAACAAGUUCACUUGUGUCUAAGAAAACUCAAAAUAAAAAAGUGAAUGCAAACAAUCAGAUAAACUCAAAUAUUAGAACUAACAAUAGUGGAAAUGCCACAAGUACUGCUAUUUUGCCUAACAAAGUUCAAAAUAAGAAAUUAAACACAGAUAAUCAGAUAAAUAAAUGUGUUGACUCAAAUAGAAUUGAGAGUAAUGAAGAUAAUCAAACAAAUGAAUGUGCUGACUUGAAUAUAACUGAGAAUAAUGAAGAUAAUACACAAAUUUCUGUUUCAAGUAAUGAAAUUAAAAGUAAUAAUGAAGCAAAUGUUGAAAAUCUUAAAAUAAAUUGUAUUGCUUCUCAAACAGAAACCACAAAUAGUGAAAACAUUGCAAAGACACUUGUUUUUCCUGGGAAAAUCCAAGAUAACCUAAAUUCCAAUAACCAAAAUCACAACAAUAAUUGUAUAUUCUCAAAUGAGAAAACAAGGAAUAGCAAAGAUGAUGUAAAAUCAUCAGAUGAGGAUAAUCACAAGGACAUAUCUGUAGUUCAGUCUACAGUUAAUGAACAGCUUAGAGAAACAGUUAGAACUGCAAAUAAUAUAUUAAACUCAAAUAAUGACAGUUCUAAAAUUAGUUUUGAAUCUGUCAAAGAAUCUUUCGAAAAUCUCAUUGAUUUUAUGGAGAAGCAAAAUCAGUAUACUUCUGAAGUUUCAACAAUAAGGAAUUUGUAUUCCGAUUUCCUGAAACUGAAAGAAACUACAUAAAACUUGUCAUUUUUACAAAUAUUUAAAUCACUGCCAUGCAACAACCAUUCCAGAAUUGUAUUAUCUUCCCUUUUGAAGGUAGAAUCGUUCUCGAGUGGAUUAACAAACAGAUUUAAAAUUUAUUGAUUUUAUUUUUACACAUUUUAUAAAAUAUAAUUAUUAUGAUACAGCUAUAUUUGUAUAUAAUACAACUAUUUAAUAUAACUUGUUUAUUUAAUAUAUCAAAAGAUAGAUUAUAUAACAAUAUAAGGAAAUCUUUUUACAGUGAAGUUUGUUGAAUCUUUAUUUUUUUUUUAUAUUUAAUAUAUGAAUAUAUGAAAAAAGAAAUUAAUAGUACCCUUUAACAUGCAAAAUCAUAGAAACUGAAGUAGAGAACAAGUUACGAAAAUGCAAUUUUGUGUUAUUUAUAGUGGAAAAUCCAUAAAAUUUUUAUGUCCCAGAAAGUUGUUUAUUUGUAUGUGAAUAUUUUGUUGAGUUCAGUCACGGUGCAUUGUAUUGAAGAUUUUAUUCAGGUGAUGUUUUAACACAGGUUUGUUGAAUUUUUAUUUUUUGUUUUAUUUGCAAUUAUUAUUAUGUUGUAAUUGUUACAAAUAAUAUUAGCAAGAAACAUUAUACAAAAAGAUUAUUUGCAAAAACUUGGAAAUAAUAAAUAUAACUUUUAAAAAAAGAGAACCUGUGUUAUUGAAUAUUGUGUAUUAAUUUAAUCAAGAUAAUCUGAAGAGAUAUCUUUUAUGGGUAAUCACGUUCUACCAUCCACAUUUAAUACAAUGUGUCCAAAAAGUUACUGUGCAGUGAGAAAUUUGUAAUGACAUUAAAGUUAUGCUUACAGCAUUGCAUAGGAGAUCCAUAAGUCUCAUAUGCAAUGCUGCACAUAUACCUAACCAAAACUUUGCUUUUAUUAAAACUUUACUUAAACCUUUUCCAUUGCACAGUAACUUUUUGGACACCCUGUACAUUUUUAUCAAUUUUAUUUCUUGCUUUCAUUCUAGUGUUUUCAUUUUUUUUCUGCAUCUCUGCUGCAUUUUUUGCAUACUUCUAUUAUGUUUAUAUUUGUAGAAUCAUUAUGAUUGAACAAACUUUCUUACAAGAAUUUAACAAGACACCCAUAGCAUAAAAUUGCGGCUAGUAUCUUGGUUAUAUGAGUUUGGAUUAUUCAAAAGUCAAAAAUUCCUGUUGAGAAAUACAAGUGUAAAUUGUUUGCUCUUCUACCUAGUUUCUCAAUGGGAUUUUUUGAAUGGAUUUAACUUAUAAACAAGAUAUUUGUGGCAUUAUUUUCUUGCAUU